AUGUACUACCACUUGGCCAUUGUCGACCUGUUCCGACCUCUUCUUCGGCAAAACGGGGCUUCUCGACAGCGACUCCCCGCCUUCAGGUCUACAGAAGCCACUCCGGAUGCCGUAUACGCAGCAUCCGUGAACCAGUUAAAGAGAAUCGUGCUCUUCUACCGGCAGAACUAUCCAGAGUCGUCGUACUGCUUCUUCUGGCAUUCGGCGCUCCUCUACCUCGCCAAUGCGAUGCUCGCCGAGGCAAAGGUUACCGGACAUGGUCCGGAAUGGCGUUUCUAUUUCCGCCUCUGCAUGACCUGCUACCAAACGCUGUACACCAGUUUCCGUUUGGCCAAGGGGGUAACGCUGAGUUUGUUAUCCAUGGCUCUGGAGAAGGGUGUCAUGGACAUCCCGCAGGCGAGGGCAAUCAGGAAAGACCUUGGACUUCGGGGCAAGCACCACGAUAUCUCCGAUCUAGUGCCAGUUUCUUGGGUUGUCGAUUUGGACUUGGCCAUGACGGACCCUUCUGCUGCGCAGGCGGAAAACUUGGUCCAAAGGUUCCGCGAGAUCCAGCCUGGUGAAGCAAACGACGAUGAUGAGCUGCUGGCUCAAGAGCCAAGAGAUCAGCAAUAA